GCUAGACAGGUGAGUUUGAUUAGGAGCUAAACUGGGCCUUCAGGAGCGAAGUUGACCAUCCCUGUCUUAAUAUAACUAUAUAAUAUGUUUUAAUGAUUUAUUGCAUAAUUUUUACUAAAAUAUUUUUACAUGAACACCCAGUUCCAGUAACGUAACCUUUUACACUUGUCUUUAACGACUAAAGAUUUAAUGUGUUUUUGAGUAAACAAGCAUUCACGCAGCUGAGCUGAAGGUUUCACCCCGAGCAUGUGUUUAAUGAGGACCGGACAGCCGAGCAGACCUGACCGAGACACUCACCAUGACCACACCGUUUUCUCCUCCGCUCUAUAUGCAGCGAUAUCAGUUUGUUAUCGACUACGUGAAAACCUACCGACCUAAAAAGGUCAUCGAUUUCGGAUGCGCAGGAUGUUGCUUGCUAAAAAAGCUGAAGUUUCAUCGCAACGGUAUACAGUUAUUAGUGGGAGUUGAUAUCAACAGCGUCGUCCUCUUGAAGAGAAUGCAUACGUUGGCUCCACUUGUAAGUGAUUAUCUACAGCCAAGUGAUGGGCCUUUGACCAUUGAGUUGUACCAAGGCUCUGUCACGGAAAGGGAGCCCUGCACCAGAGGAUUUGAUCUUCUGACAUGUGUUGAGUUAAUUGAACACCUGGAGCUUGCGGAGGUGGAGAGGUUUACAGAGGUGGUGUUCGGGUAUAUGGCACCAGGUGCUGUCAUCGUCACCACACCCAAUGCAGAGUUCAACCCGCUGCUGCCGGGCCUGAGAGGCUUUAGAAACUACGACCAUAAGUUUGAAUGGACCAGAGCAGAGUUUCAGACUUGGGCUAACCGGGUCUGUCAAGAAUAUGGUUACUCCGUGCACUUCACUGGAGUUGGUGAAGCUGUUGGCCACUGGAGAGACGUGGGAUUCUGCACCCAAAUCGCAGUGUUCCAGAGGAUAAAUCAGGCCGUGAGCAAUGCUGAACUCUUGGAGCCCUCUGUGUACAGACUGGUGUACAAAGUGGUUUAUCCCAGCUUGUCUGACAACAACAUCUACCAGAGAACUUUAGUCAAUGAGGUCCUAUAUGAAGCACAACACCUGAGACAGGAAUGGCUGAGGAAAAUGAACAUGGACUCCAACAAUAAUGCACACUUCUAUGCUCCUCCAUUGAUGGACGUAUUCCAUCAUGGGGUCGAAGUCGAUGCACGUUACUGGCAGCCGGUUUACCAGCAGGGCGGCACCGUUUGCGUUCCUUUGGCACGCGUGUGGUCGAGUCCCAGAGUGAGAGCUCUGUGUGGAAGCCUGCAGCGCCUCAGGGAGGAACUGGUGGUGGAUGCGCGGGUGAGGAUGAGCGCUGAUGGAACGGUGCUAAACCUGCCUGUCUAUGAUGAGGAGGAGGAGGCGGAGGAAGAAAAAGAUGAAGAAGAGAAUGUGAAAACGGUGUCAGGUAUUGGAAACAACAUGGAGGAGGACUGGGAUCGGGACCUUGGGAGUUACGAAAGCGUUUAACGGGUCUAGAAAGCUCUGUAAACAGAAUAAAGAAAGCAAGCUGCA